AUGAAGGUGGUGGUCGCGCUGGAUGACAGCGGCGGGAGCCACCACGCGCUAGACUGGGUGCUACGCUCCCUUUUCCCCGCCGGCGAUCAGCCGGCUACGGAGGAGGCCCGGCAUGAGCUCGUGCUCGUCCACGCCCUGGAGCCGCUCCACCACGCCAUGUGCCCGGUCGGCGGGCCAGGGUCAGCGGUGUACGGCGCGCCGGAGAUCAUGCAGUCGGUGCGAGCGGCGCGCAAGGAGAGCGCGCGCAGCCUGCUCGACAGGGCCAGGCGGGUCUGCCACGGACGAGGGGUGAGCGCGGCGGCGGUGCUGGUGGAGGGGGAGUCGAGGGAGGCGCUGUGCCGCGCCGCGGAGGACGCGGGCGCCGGCCUGCUCGUCGUCGGCAGCCGCGGGCUCGGCGCCGUCGGGAGGUGCGUUACGGCGUUCCUGGGGAGCGUGAGCGACUACUGCGCGCACCACGCCAGCUGCCCCGUCAUGGUGGUCCGGCCGCCGCCCGUCGACAAGGAUGGCCAGCGGACGAGGUCAUCUCCAAUCAGCUGCCCGUCACCAUGUUUACAACAGGGGUGCUUAAUGGCGGAAUGA